AGAAUGUUCAAAAUUGAACCGCCAUGUUGUUAGCAGCUUGUGUAGUUUAGCUAGUUCUUCGUCAAUAAGAGAUGCUAGUUUGACAACUAAAGCUUGGAUAUCAGGACUAAUAUCAACUUUUUUCAACAGUAUCAUGGAGGCUCGUUUUGGCUACCUGCGUGAACGGGACACGAGUGUGGAUAUGCUGCGGGUAAAGUUGUCUCGCAGACGGUCUCGCUCCCAGAAAGAAAACCGAGACAAGGCCUUGAAUAUCCGCAGGCAACUGGACAAAGUCCCUGAGCUGGAGUGUUCUCAACAGGAUAUGUCUGUUGGGAAUGUGUCAAUUAUGGAAAAAAAGUCAAAUGCAAAACAAGCAAGAGACGCUGCAGUAGAGGAGCGAAGAAAAAAGCUUGCCCACUACAAAGAGAAGAAGGAGCUUGUGAAGGAGAAGGAGAGGAGGGAGAAGGAGAAGAAGGGGGUGUUCAAGGUUGGCCUGUACCGGGCCCAGCCCCUGGCCUCACUGCCCCAGGUCCCAGCUGCCGCCACCAAAGCCCGGGCCGUGACAGCAGCCCAACCUCAGUCCACCAGAGUGACUCGCUCCACCGUGAGGCAGCAGGCCCCAAAGGUGCCACAGCCUAUCAGCACUGUCCCGGUUUCAAAAAAAGGUCUGGUUUUAGUUGAACCAGCUGCGGUCAGGUCAACCAGGAAGACCAGAACCACUAUAGUGGAACCACUAGUGAGUGCCCCGUCCACAAGGUCUGCUAAUAGGCCUCUGGCCUCUGUCAUCCCUGUGGUGAGGAACAAAGGUGCCACGACCACAUCAAAUACCAAGCAGGCUGCAGCACCACCUGCUGGCCGAGGUCGGAACACCAGGGGGAAUGUGGAGAACAAUAAUCAGGCUGCUGCCAAAGCGGAGAAGGCCAAAAAGGAGACAAAAGCAGCUAGCCCCCCACCCCCAAUUGCAAAGAAGAAGGAGGAUAAGAUGGAAGAUCUUGCCCAGGCCAACCCACUCCUUCCUCCAGCCACUGUCCUGUCGUCGUUCGCCCCCCAGGACUUUGUGUUCCAAGCCCCAGCAGGCCUGUCCUCCUUCAAGCCCACACCACUCACCCCCCGUUCUGCAGAUUCCUUCUUCAAACCCAGCUUUGUGCUGCCUCCUGUUCCAUUGUGGCCCACUGAUGACCUAGUUCACAAGAUGGAGCUCAGUGCUGCCUCUUCUGUCAAGCCGGUUGUUCACUCCCCACCUCGCGGUCCUUCUCUGGCCCUUCUGUGUCCUCCCAGUCCCCAGGAACCAGCACACGAUCUGUCCUACUUCAGGUCGGUGGUGGUCAGUGAGAUGGAGAAACUGACCGGAUUCUGUCAGCUGUGGGAGCUUCGGGUGGAUGACUCUUCUAUCCCUGAAGAGAUGCGUGACCGUAUGCGGACUGCAGUGGGACAGGCCAGGCUGUUGAUGAAGGAGAGGUUCGGUCAGUUCACUGGUUUGAUGGAUGACUGCGAGCUGGGCCGAGGAGAUAAAAUCAUCACCUGCACCGACCUGCAAGGCUUCUGGGACAUGGUCUAUUACCAGGUAGAAGAUGUGAACAAGAAGUUUGGUGCCCUAAAGGAGGCGGAGUCUAAGGGCUGGCAGGAGGAGAGCGGGCCACCGCCGAGACCAAGAAAGGUGGUGAAGAAGCCACCCGGCGCUCCGGUGCCCAAGCCUGCCGGGGGCGCCGCCGCCAAGUCUCGUCUGGCUGCUAUCAAGGCUGCCAUCAAGGCCAAACAGCAAGCUGCCGACGCGGAACGGGCAUCGAAGGUAGCAGGGCCGGACAUUGCGGUGGAGGAGCCUGGGCCGGCCCCUCAAGAGCCCCCGGUGGUGUUCCAGGGAGGAUUCUUCCAGGUGGAGAGUCCCGCCAAACAGACAGGCUCCGCGAGGCGACCCUCCCGUGUAACAGCCACGCCCACUCGGGCAUCUCUCUGCUCCGUCCCCAAGUUCUUCACACCUCGCAUGACCAGGCUCUCCAAUGCUGCGUGCUCCUCACCUCUCAUGCUCACCCCUGCCUGCUCCAACUUGUCCCUCACACCUUCCUCCCCUGUCCAAAGUAGCCUGUCCAGAGUCUCCCCACUCAGACAUGUUUCCAAGGAGUCACAGUCAGAGGACGGCCCCAGCAACCAACCAGAGCAAGUCUCUGGGCAGAAUGACCAACCGGAGCAAGAUAGCAUGCAGGAAGAUGUAGCUUGUGACCGAUCUCCGCUUGUUACAGAGCCUGCUGUUGGUCUUGAGGAGAGCACUGAGAGCUGUGACUCAGAGAGAAUCUGCCAAUCAACAUCCAACACACAGCAGCUGACAAAUGAACAGCACCAAGAAGCCAUAAGCCAAUCAGUGGCCACAGAGGAGCCUGGUAAAUCUGACCUCCUGGCCAUGCAUGAAGUGAGCAGUCCUGUGGCUGUCCAGCCAGACCUGCCCUCUCCCUCCACCCAGGACAGUGAACAGGCCUACCAUACCAAACUACCUACCUCAGUCUCCUCAAACCAAUCCACCUCACCCUCAGAAGGUCCCCUCUCACCACCAUGCUUGGGAACCUCCAUAACAGAGUCCCCCCCAGUCCAGUGCCAUGCCUUCAGCCUCACUGUCUCCCACACCCCAGUCUGUGCAGGACCUACCGUGGCCAGCCCUCCUCUGGUGCCCUCCCCUCCGCCGGGUGUCUCCCUCUGCGACUCUCCUGGUGCCGGUGUGCCGAUGACCAUGACUCCAGACACUUCUAUCACCGGGGGUCUUCCAGGGCUGGACUUCGAGCUCUACCUCCAACCCACAGCGAGGGGCAGCCUGUCGCCACAGGAGCUGGGUGUUGCUGAGAUGCUGUCGCCCGCUGUUGUAGACAUUGAAAUGGAGAGUCCGGUGUCUUCGUCUGGAGGGGCACCUCAGGAUAAUGUGUCAUCUCCCACAGCGGUUUCCAAUUUGGCACAAAUGUUCACCCCACGGACCACAAAGCCACUGUCUGACCUGUUGCUGUUCACCCCUGAUCCAAUGGACAGAGUCAGACAGUCUGUGUGCCCCAGUGACCUCAUGUCGUUCACACCUCCCUCUAAUGGAUUGUGA